CGAAGAUAAUUUUUAAGAUCGCGAUAUAUUAUUUAGCCGAGUCGUCGUGUGAUAUAUCUUUCAGGUCUCGUGCUGUAUCGCGAAUGUUUCCUUCUGAACUUAACCCUGGACCAGUUACUUAGGCCCAACCUAACACAGCCCAUUCAUCAACAAAACCCUAUCCUACCUCAAUACACACUUUCAUAGUCCCAAAGAAACCCUAACCCCUUACAUAUCCCCAAUUUCCCACCGCCGCAAAGUUCGCCGAUUUCCAUCUCCACAACCAUGGCGGACGUUGAAGCCGAUGUUACGACGGGACAACCAAAGAAGAGAACGUUUAAGAAGUUUAGCUACAGAGGCGUUGAUCUCGAUGCUCUUCUCGAUAUGUCCACUGAUGAGCUCGUUAAGCUCUUCAAUGCUCGUCCUCGUAGAAGGUUUCAGAGAGGUUUGAAGAGGAAGCCUAUGGCGUUGAUCAAGAAGCUGCGAAAGGCGAAACGUGAGGCUCCACCAGGUGAAAAGCCAGAGCCUGUCAAGACUCACCUGAGGAACAUGAUCAUCGUUCCUGAAAUGAUUGGAAGUAUUAUUGGAAUUUACAAUGGGAAAACUUUCAAUCAGAUUGAAGUUAAGCCCGAGAUGAUCGGCCACUAUCUGGCCGAAUUCUCUAUCUCAUAUAAGCCUGUCAAGCACGGUAGACCCGGUAUUGGUGCUACUCACUCAUCUAGGUUCAUACCGCUCAAAUGAUUUGCCUACCGAUGUCUGCUCUUUCUUCUUUUCUAGCCUUGUCUGAGUCCUUUUCUUUAAAACAAUUUUGAUUCGAGUUACGGUUUAUUCGAAACAUUUGUUGCUGUACAACUCUUGUGCUUUGCUGAAAACAAGUUUUCAUUUGUUCA